AUGUGUACGUGUACGAGGAGAGUCACGGGACCUCCUCCAGGGAUCGAGCGGUGGACAGACGGAAAGCAUUGGUCCGCGAGCCGCUCAAAAGAAAACUUCCUGUUCUACGAAGAGAAUAGCUUGGGGAGCGAGGAUCCUGAUGCGCAACAACCCAACACUGAGCCCGGCAGCUCACCCGAUUCUGAUGAACCAAAUGUCGCCGUCAUCGAUUACAUAACGUCCUCGGACGCACCGGGUAGACUCACAAAGAUGACGUUCUUUUCCUGGGUCAAGCUCCCCAACGACCCACCCGAUCUCAUGCGAAAAUGGCUACUCGUGUCCUACUGGCAAAUGCCGCAUGUCAAGACACUGGCCAAGGCGUACGAGCUCGAGAUACUCCUGGAUCACGAUAUUCCCAGAGGCAUGUUCUUCACUUCCCGCGCUGCAAGGAACAAGCAACAAGACUUGCCAGCCGCGGGGACUGCAUACGACGUCGUCCUUCGGCGGCCGACUGACCUGGACGCGCUUCGUUGGAGGAAACAACAAUACUACGCGUCUGGACGACCAGGCCCUUUGCCUGUUGGGCCUGGAACAAGGCCAGACGAUGUCCCCGGCAUCUACGCUGGCGGCGGUCCCUGGCUUCCUGGCGGACAGCCUCAAAGCCCAAGCGUAACCGACGCAAGAUUCAGGUAUCACGACCAGCACCAGCGGACAUUCCCUCAUCACCAGACGUGGCGGGACGAGCUGGAGGACAUCCCCAUCACAGAACGACCACCUCAUUGGCGGCCUAAUGCUGGUGGUGCCCAAGGCGGAGGGAGCAAUGCCCUGCUCACGCCAGGGUCAGACCACGCCUCUCCCCUAACCUUCGCCCACCGCCAGCUCCCCUUCAACCCCCCGUCCUCAUCCGCACGGGUCACCCUCCCAUGCCCUCCCCAACUACUCUCCAUCCCAUACUACACCCGGUGUGCCCCCCCACCCCCCCAUCCCCCCCACCCCCCAACCCAGCGCACCAACCCCGCCCGCGAUACAUCACUGAGCUCGCACUCUCCUGCAUCCCAGCAGGCGAACGCCGCCUUCCGCCCGUCAACCUCGAUCGUCCCGGUUCAGCUCUCGUGCCAGGAAGAGGUCUGGCUCACAAACAACACUCUUGUGGCGAACUAUUGCGCCCCGUGUCGCCAUAAUUUCAACCGCGCCUGCGACCUCCGGAGGCAUGUCGAGACGAUCCACGUGAAGGGGGAGCGUGGGUUCCCCUGCACCUGGCCCGGCUGCACCCAGAUCCUGAACAGGAAGGAUGUCCUCCAGCGCCAUGUGAGGCGGCAGCACGAGGGCAAGCAGAAGAAGGGGAAGGGGCUGCAACCUCGAGGAGUCACUGUGAAAGGACAGAUGAAACUACCUUCCUUUAGAGAGGUUGUGCUCAGGGCUGAUCGUGCACGAGCACGGAUGGAUGUGGGGUUCGCACUAGGGAUAGUCGCACGUAUCUACCGUGAGCUCGACCCCAACCGCCCUCACCGCACCUACAAGGUCCAACGCCUAGCCUCCGAAUCCCCCGCCAACAGGCUGUUGGUGCCCCCAAGCGGGCGUGCCGACCUGCUCUUCGCGUUUUUCGUACGCACCAACAGCUCCGAUCCCCGCAAUAACAGGGCCCCGGGCUCCCUUCCUCGUCCUCCGCCAGCCCUCCCAAGCGCGGCCCCGGUUGAGAAGGAGGCGAGGGAGAAAUCGUCGAUCGCAGACCUCGUCGCCCUGGCCAGGGUCCUUGGUCCGCGUCCAGCGCUGCCCAUGCCCGCUCCAACCCUAAAACCAAGGCCAUACCCUAACCCUGAGCCGCGUCGGACAGGUGAAAAAUGGAGGAUUGGGUGCCUCUUGUCUGUCUCGGACAUGGCUGCUUUUUCUUCUGCAAGCUGGCUGCCCAGAGAGCUUGCGUUUGGGUUCGCCUUUCAAAACGGUUUUACAUUGCCGUCAAAUGCUGACAUGGAAACAGGUCCGUCUUCCCAGACGUUGACGGACGACGGCAGUCUCAGUUCACGCGCUUCGACGCCUCUCACCUCUCUUCCGUCCUCACCAAGCAGCCAGGCCGCUCUUGGACCGGAGGAUGAGGGUGGCACUGAACUUGAAGGCAUCUUCGCCAAGCCUAUUCCGACCUCCGUGGAUCGCUCGAACGCAGUGCUUCAGCAAUACUUCUACGUGACCCUCCUGCCAUGGCGCGUCGCUGUCUGUAUCGUCUGCCAUCUUGCCAUCGAGCCGAAGCAGGCAUACCGUCAUUAUGCUGAGCAUCUCUGUCGCUCCCGACGCCCUUUCAGGGACAAGAUCGCCUUGGACGCAGCAAUGACGGAGCUCGCUCUUCAAGAUGCGCAACUCGAGAUCGCUCCUCUCGUCUAUGCGCGCUCAGGCGCCAUCUACGCGAGUAUCAUGCGCAUGAGACCGCAUCCCGGCAAGGCUCUCUCACCUGCCUGUCUCGUCCUGUGCAAGCCCAACAUCGUUUUGGCAGGCGUAAUCAGCCUGGCUACAACGCUCUCGAGGUUGCACGUCCAAUCCGAUCAGCUAUGCUCCCUCUAUGACGGGCAUCCUCAAGAAAAUGGACCCGCUCAGGACCCAGCAUGCGAGCUAGAUCUCAAGGUGCUGCAUGCGCUCGCUGAAGUGCAAUACAGCAAACCGGAUGAAUGGCUUCGACCGCUCUCCAAGAUCGCCAAUGGCCAGUUCGAGCAGAGCCGUGAACGAGCGGCCAGCUACAUCUGCCAGUUGCUUCUGUCUGCGAUACGUCUGCGGUCCGAUCCAGAGCGCCAUCCCCAUCUUGAUCUCUUGCUCAACGACCGACAAAACGAGCUAGUCGGCAAUCUCACCGCGAUUCUCCGAUCCAUCGAGCCAGUCAACGAGCCGGCCGCGCGUGAAGCGGUGAAGGAGCUGUUGCACUCGAUCAUCACCACACGAGCACACAACACUGGUCUCGCAUCGUAUGCCGUCGAGCGAUGGCUCAUUCUGCUCUCCCUCCGCCCGGACGGAAGCUGGAGGACCGUCGAGGCGAUUGGACCCAUCAUCGGCUACCUGAUGCAUGUCGUCCGCGACCUCCUUGCCCUGCACAUCUUCCUCGAGGCCGGCACUUCACGCGGACGUCAGCUCGACAUAUGCACCCAGAUUCGCCCCUGUCACACCGACGGCGAGCCGUACGCGUGGCAUUGCCUCAGCACGCUCGGAGGCCUGAUCAACUCCAUCGCAUCAAACAACCCGGCCUGGCCAAACGCGAUCUGGUCGGAUGGAGGCAAGUCAAUCUGGUACAGCGAGGUCACCUUGUCCCUUGAAGCUCUCCGCGCUGGCAUCGUCAACAUCGUGUCUGCCACCGAGCGCGACUUUGAAGCUCUGGCGCAUGCGAAGCAAGACAUCGGUUACUCGUUCUUGACCGAUCCUGCCAACGUGAACAUGCUUCAAGCUAGAGUGCACCUUGGCCUGAUCAACGACUUGAUUGAGCUCGACAUGAGCCGUGUCCGCCGUGCUCCCCCGCUCAUUCGCCUCGGUGAACUUGAAGCAGACGCACGAUCCGGUUGUGCCGGGUGGGCGUGCGCGAGCCCCGGCCGCGACUGGGCGGGGAGUGAGAUCGCGAGCGAGCGGAAGGGGGAGGGGACGCCGCGCUUCCGCCCGAGGCCGUCGCAUUCGUCCACUGAGCCGACCUGUUCUUCCUCUGCUCGACGGAUGGCACGGCGAUGGACACGAACCAUCGGGGUGGCCCAUCCGGCUUCGUGCGCGUCGAGCGGAAAGCCCGAGGGGCGGUGGUGCUCGUCUACCCCGAGUACUCUGGCAACCGCCUCUAUCAAGCAUUCGGCAACCUCGUCCUUAGCCCAACCCGCGCCUGGGUAUGGUCGUCCCCGACUUCCUCUCCUCCAACGUGCUGUAUUUGACGGGCGAAGCGACGCUGCUGGUCGGGGAGGAGGCGAGUUACUCCCCUUCGGCCAGCUCGCCGGCCCCGGCCUCCCGGGCGCAGCGGGAGCAGCCGGCGUCGACUUCUGGCCGUACGAGCCGCCCGUACCCCCCCCCCUGGCAACGGAAGGCGCCCUCCCUGACGGCAGCGACGCGCAGCUCCUCUUCGCCCACCUCAUCUCACGCACCCUCCUCACGCCCUCCUCGCCCGCUUCACCUUCUCCCUCCACGCUCCGCCUGUGCGCAAGCUCUGCGGCAAGCUCGUCACGCCUGGCGUACCUCCACAUGAACGAUGCGGACCCGCCCGAGCCUCAACGACGACUACAUAACCACGUUCACAUCUCCGCUCCCUUUAUUCUCCCCUCUGCCCUCCACUUCAAGCAAACCCCGGCGCUCCGCUCCUCCCUCCGUUCUGCCGCCCAGCACGCCAGCCAGCAGACGAUAAUCGAGCACGGUGGCACGCUCGAAGUGACCGUCCAGCUGCACGAGCCCGUGACACGCUUCCUGUGGGACGUCGACACCAGGGAGCGCAACCGGGAGCAUCGCGUGAUCGUUCCUGUGCGGACGUUCGUGAGGGACAACAACUUCUGGCUGCCUUUGCCUGGAACUACCCUUGUCCUUGACGGCACGGGGAAGAGCGGCGUAGGAGAGGGUGAAAAGGGAGAUGCGGGGGAGAAGCAAAAGAGGAAGGAGUUGGGGGAGGCGCCAGCCCGUGCCCGUCGCUGCGGGCGUGGGGGUGAUGUCCCUGCUCGCCCGAGCCACCCGGGUCCUUGCGGCCGAGGCACAGUUCCUCUUCCCAACGGACGCGCCAUGGAGCCUGUGGGCAGGCUCGCGGGGCGGACAUGGGUAUUCGUCACCGGCCUCCCUGGCUCCAACGCCACAGGCAACGCGCGGGGACAUAGACAGGGUGCAGGCGGACGGGGCGCGGGUGGUGCUGGGCCGGUUCACGAGCACUGAGGUCCUGGAGGUGCAGAAGCUGCU